CUCAGCAGCUAGAGAGCAUGGCAGUGCCGACAGCAGAAGAUGUGUUGGCCAGAGUUGAGAAGGAGGAGGCGGAAAAGCUAAAGCUUAUAACUGUGAAUAAAGAGCUAGAUGUCGAGUUCGACCUGGGCAAUCUGUUGGCCUGUGACCCUAAUGCCCCGAGCGUGGUCGCCUUUCGGCAGCAGCAGAAAGAUGAGUUCCUGCGAGCCCUGGCGAGAGACAACACGCAGCUGCUCAUCAAUCGGGUCUGGACGCUGCCCACAGAGAAGCUGCAGGAGUCUAUUGUUGCCAAGCUUCCCGAGCCUGCCUCCCGGCUUCCCAGGGAAAAGCCUGUGCCGAAGCCCAGAGCACCCACUCGCUGGGAAGAGUUUGCUAAGCUCAAAGGCAUCCAGAAGAAAAAGAAAACCAACCUGGUGUGGGACGAGGUGAACAAGGAGUGGCGAAGGCGCUGGGGCUACAAGAGGGCAAAGCCAUGCACGUGGCCAAGGUCUCCACUGCAUCUGCCGGCAGGUUCCAGGAUAAACUCCCUAAGGAGAAAGAGCCUAGGAACAUGGGCAAGAAGAGAAAGUUUCAGCCUCUGAUUGGAGACUUCUCUGUUGAGAAAAGCAAGCAGCUAGACAUACUGAAAGUCAUGGGCAGCAAGAAGCCAGCUCUGGAUAUGACUAAGGCAGUCAACAAGCAAAUGAGAGAGGAGGAUGCAGAGGAGGCUGCCAAAAGGAGAAAGGGUGGGAAAAAAGGCAGAGGGGGGAAACAGCAAGGUGGCAAAAAGGGAAAAGGUAAAGGACCAGGCAAAGGAAAGCAUCCCAGGGGUAAAGGAAUUGGUGGUAAAAGGAAGCACAAAUAAUUCUGGUACUGCUAGCAAAACCUUACUGACUUGUACGUAAUAAUUGUAUGGUUUCAUUAAAGGACCAUUGCACACUGAACUGUAUGGAUCUUCAGAGGUGCUUCUUUUACUGUUGGCCUUCUGUCUGUGCCAGAUAAUGCUAGUCAUUCAAGGAAGCUUUGUGUAUUCAUCUCUUUCCAUAUAGUAACAACAAACCUAAUGAUGUUAAGUUAAAUGCUGUUGUAUUUUGGAUUUCUCAGUCUACGAUAUUUAAAAGGUUUCUGACUUCCAGGAUAUAAACUUGCAUGGGUUUUGCACCACACUUUUGUUAAAGGGACUUUCAACUCCCUCUCCAUCAAAAAUAAAUACUGAGAUAUAUGACAUAUAUCUAAUAAAAGGCA